AUGACUCAAGUUCGGGCUGUUUAUGAAUUCGAAGCACAGCCAAAUUCUGGAGAGUUGUCUAUAUCAGUCAAUGAAGUUCUUAUAGUUGUUAGAGAAGGUAUCCAAGGAGGUUGGCUAGAAGGUCGUAAUGCAAAAGGACAACAUGGACUUUUUCCAGAAUCCUACGUUGUGAGAAUCAACACUUCACCUGCUCUUCCAGAAGCAGUUGGUAUGCAACAGCACAAUCCUCCAGCCGUUGCUGUUGAAGACGGCUGGAAUGCACCCCCAGCAUCUUCUCAUUAUCCACGAUUGCCUCCCUCAGAUGAACAGCAGUUACACAGCGUAGCAGCACCUCCGGUAUUUGUACCGGCCUCUCAGGACGAUGACGAUUUUGAUGACUGGACUGAUGAUGACGAAGAAUUGUCGGAAAGUGUGUUAAAUACAGCGGAUAAUCCUGAAAUGCAAAAUUAUACAUUCAGUAAUCGAACCACCAAAGGUGAUGCAAUGGUCAAGCAAGGAACAGUUAGAAUGAAGAAUAUAAAUCGAUUCUCCAAUUUCGUUAAAUCAGGCAUGGAAGAUUAUAUUCUACUUCCUUCAAGACUCAUAUCAAAGACGGAGGAGCACCACGAAAUAGUUCUAACAGCGGAUGGAGCGGAAUGGAUUCCAGUUGCUCAGCCUUAUUAUUGCAUUGUCGAUAAGCCGAAGAAAGAAUCUAAACUAAAAGGCCUAAAAAGUUUCAUUGCAUAUAGCGUUAAAUCCUCCCUCAGCUGUAUACAGGUGUCACGACGAUACAAACACUUUGAUUGGCUUCAUGAGCGGAUGUCAGCCAAGUAUAUUUUAAUACCACUUCCACCACUGCCGGAAAAACAAGUUGCUGGCCGCUAUGAAGAAGAUUUUAUUGAGCACCGGAAGAACAUCCUACAAAUUUGGGUCAAUAAAGUAUGCAGACAUCCUGUUCUCAGUAAAUCAGACGUGUGGAUACAUUUCGUAACGUGUACGGAUGAAAAGAAAUGGAAAAAUGGCAAGAGAAAAGCCGAAAAAGAUGAAUACGUUGGAGGAAAUUUCCUUUAUUCUGUCACAUUUCCAAAUCAGCCACUCGAUAGCAGUGAUGU